ACCGGAUAUGCACGUCAGCCCCAAUCAUCUCACAACCCCUCCAACAGAAACGCAGAAACGGCUCCAAAAUACCUCACGAUCUUUGCCAACUGGACAUUAGCAAAAAUAACCACCCGCCGUCUACGCGCGCCAAGGGCUUUCUCUCCAUAAUCAUCCAAACCAACCCGUUACAGCAGAGGGUCAGCUCAACAGGGUGGAAAUCCCUCUGAACUAGGGGUCAAGACAUCUUGAUGGUCUCAGACCCCAUUCCACGAAUGGCACAGCCUCAAAUUGGAGAGACCUGAGGGGCCAAGUGUGAGAAGUGCAGAGAUGUGUGCUCUUUUCACUAGUGUGCCCACCCAAUGCCCAGAUUGUGGAUGGAUUAUGCGGCAAACAGGCACAGGGGAGGAUAGGUAAGCUGUAGGGACCCCACUUUGUACCACAGAUAUUGUGUAUUAGAGGUCCCUCUCUCCCACUGAACACCAGUUCCUUCUGUCAAUCUUGUGAUCUUUUUCAUACUUUCCCAAACAAAAAUAAUUGCACAGCAUGUCGUUCUUUUCCAAGAUGCAGAAGGAAGUGUCGGGGUUGAUGGAUGGAGGAAAGAAACCUGAAGCUGCCCCGCAGCAGCAUGAUGCUACCAGAGGUAACUUUCACCCAUCUUUUCGACUCCUCUUAUGGAGGAAAAAAAGCCUCACAGCUGACUGAUUGGUGGGACAGGUUAUGGAGGAGACUAUCAACAGCAACAGCAGCAAUACCCACCACAGCAGCAACAAUAUGGUGGUUACCAACAGCAGCAACAGUAUCCUCCCCAACAGCAGCAGCAAUAUGGCCAACCUCAAGGCCAAUACGGAGCCCCAUCUCCAAACCCUUACGGAGCUCCAUCUCCAGCAGGCAGUGCUCCCCCUGCUCAACAGCCAUACGGAGCUCCUCCUGGUCGUGAGUUUACUCAAAAUUUUUAUAUACCUGGGAAAAGCGAAAUAGAGAUGCUGACAUCAAGAAAUAGAAUACCCUCCUCAACAACAAUACGGACAACCACCACCAGCCCAGCAAUAUGGCAGCCCAGCUCCAGCCUAUGGUCAACAACCAUACGCUCCUCCUCCAAACCAAAGCAUCCCCGUUCCUCAAACUCCCCAUUUACCUCCAGGAUGGACCGCACUAUGGGACCCACAAGCUGGCAGAUGGGCAUACAUGGGAGGUGAUCAAAGGGUGAUCUGGACACCUCCACAAGGACCAUUUGUCGACCAACAAGGUCCUGAUGGAAGUCGUGGAGCCAUCGGUGGCCCUGUUGCUGCCGCUGCAGGAUUUGGAGCCGCUGCUGGACCUGCUGGAUACGGUGCUGCAACUGCUACGAGCGAUGGAAAGGAGGUUAAAGCUGACAAGAAGGACGAUGGGAAUAAGAAGUUGAUGAUGGGUGCUGCUGGUGGUUUGAUUGCAGGUGGUAUCGGUGGAGCUUUGAUUGCUAAUGCUCUGGGUAAGUUCUUCCCCUGGAUUAUCUUUCUGGAUUUUGUACACACUUGUUUAUGAAUCAUUUCCUUUCGUUGGGAAUGUAUGGACAACAGCUAAUUGUAACCUCUAUAGACGAUGAUGACGACCACCACGGAGGCCAAGGUGGUGGAGGUGGAUAUGGUGGCGGUGGAGGAUACGCCCCUGAAGGUUACCCAACCCAACAAGCAUACCCUCCACCAGUUGGAUCCAUGAGCAGUAGUGAUCGUGAAAGUCUCGAGGAAGCGAGAGAAGAGUAUGAGGAAAAGCUCGAAGAGGCCUACGGAUCUGAUUAA